GGGAGGAUUCUGGGUGCCGGCGUCCCCGCAGGCUCCGCACCCUCCGCGCCGCCUCCGCCUCCCGCCUCCCUCCCGCCUCCCGCCUCCCUCCCGCCUCCCGCCUCCCUCCCGUCUUCCGCACUGGUCCAGAAAGGGCUCCGCGGAUGUCCCCGGGACGAGCGGCCCCGGGCCCCCAGGGAACAUGGGCGUGCUCCGGGCCGGACUGUGCCCGGGUCUCACCCAGGACAUGGUCCAGCUUCUGCGGAGCCGCGGAAUCAAGACAGUGGUGGACCUGGUUUCAGCAGACCUGGAGGAAGUAGCCCAGAAAUGUGGCUUGUCUUAUAAGGCCCUGGUCGCCCUGAGGCGGGUGCUGCUGGCUCAGUUCUCGGCUUUCCCCUUCAAUGGCGCUGAUCUCUACGAGGAGCUGAAGACCUCCACUGCCAUCCUGUCCACCGGCAUUGCAAGCCACUGUGCCAGUUCUGGGGUGAACAAGGCCCAGUCCUUGCCCCAGGGUGCUCUGGGCCAAAAACUUUUGCUCUGCAAGAGGAUGAAAAGACAAGCGAUAGAAUGGGGAAAAUAUUUGCAAUCCGUGUAUUCAACAAAGGACUUGCAUCUGGACUAUAUAAAGAAUUCUUAAAGCUCAGCAGUAGAACAAACAAUGCAAUUAGAAAAUGGGCAAAAGACACGACCAGACAUUUCACCAAAGAGGUUCAACAUCACUGGUUAUUAGGGAAAUACAAAUUAAAACCGCAAUGAGAUAUUACUACAUACCUCCUAGAAUGGCUAAAAUAAAGAAUGGUGAUAACUCCAAAUGCUAGUAAGGGUGUGGAGAAACUGGAUUACCUCAUACAUUGCUGAUGGGAAAGUAAAAUAGCAUAGGCACUCUGGAAAACAAGUUAGUAGUUUCUUGUGAAAUUAAUACGCACUUACUGUACAACCCAACAGUUGUAUUCUGGGGCAUCUAUUCCAGAGAAAUAAAAACUUAGGUUUACAGAAAAACCUGUAUGCAAAUGUUCA